AUGUGGGAAAUCAUCAGAGAAUCAGCCGUUGGACAGUCACUGCAAUUUCUGGGCGUCCGUGGCAGCCUUUGCCAUCCGGAAGAGAAGUCUGGAUUUACCUUGCCUUCCACAUGGGACAAGCCGCAGCAGGAUAACAGUGCAGGAUCCGGCGCACCCGACCAAGCACAUGCCGACACGAGCGACUCCGUAUCGAAUACAGGCGGCACCGGUACACCGAAUGACAUCGAGAAGGCUGACGGAAGCCGUCCCACACCAGCUGCGCAGGUGCCUCUUCUGGUGACCUGGUUCAACGAAAGCGAUCAAGCGAACCCUCAGAACUGGUCCCUUGGCAAGAAACUCUUCAUCUCGAUCCAGCUUUGUCUCUACACCUUCACGGUGUACCUUGGGUCGUCUCUCUAUGUGGCCGCAGAGACAGACGUCGAGCGUAUCUACAAUGUCAGUCCGGCUGCGUCGUCGCUUGGGCUGGCGCUGUACGUGUUGGGAUACGGUGUCGGCCCAAUGAUCUUUUCGCCGCUGUCUGAGAUCCCCAUACUGGGCAGGAACUGGCUAUACAUCGCUACCUUCACGGUCUUCGUCAUUCUCGCUAUGGCAGCAAGUCUGGUCGAUGACUUUGGCGGCUUGUUGGCGCUGAGGUUCUUCCUGGGCUUCUUCGGUAGCCCGUGCCUGGCGACUGGAGGAGCAACACUACAAGACAUGUACGCGCCCACCAAGAUGCCCUACGCAUUGAUGUUCUGGGUCGCCUCUGCAACUCUUGGACCCGCGCUUGGACCAGCCGUUACCGGUUUUGCUGUGACCAAGAUGGGCUGGCGAUGGAGUGCAUGGGAGCUGCUGUGGCUUUCAGGGCCGAUUCUGCUACUCAUGAUUGCGUGCUUUCCCGAGACUUCUGCAGACGCUAUACUCCUGCGACGAGCACGACGGCUGCGCAAGCUGACUGGGCGGACCAAUCUGAAAUCGGAGUCGGAGAUCAGCAUCCACAAGAUGACUGCACGCCAGAUUGCAUUUGAGGCGCUCAUCAAACCAUGGGAGAUCAAUGUCCUAGAUCCGGCCGUACUCUUCACGACAGUAUACAUGGCCUUGAUUUACGGCAUAUACUAUUCCUUCUUCGAGAGCUUUCCACUGGUCUACGCAGAGAAGUACGGCUUCAACCUGGGCGAGACCGGACUUGUGUUUCUCAUUGUGUUGGUCGCGUUGGGGCUGAGCAUCCCUGCGUACUGUGCCUACUUCUGGUUCUACGCCGAGGAGCGCAUGAAGUCACAGCCGCAUUUUGGAUCGCCAGAGUCGAGACUUGUACCAGGGUUGAUUGGGGCAAUCAUCAUGCCGAUCGGCCUCUUCAUCUAUGCUUGGACAAGCAGGCCAUCUGUACACUGGAUUGUCAGCAUUAUCGGUGUCGGUCUGAAUUCGGCUGGCCUGUACAUCGUGAUGCAGGUUCUCUUCUUGUACAUUCCGUUCACGUAUCCACAGUAUACGGCAUCACUCUUCGCCGCGAAUGAUCUGGCGCGGAGCACGUUCGCAGCAGGCGCGGUUGUCUUUGCUCGGCCGAUGUUUAUCAAUUUGACAGUCCAGGGCGGCGUUAGUUUGUUGGCCGGGCUUGACAUUGUGUGUGUUGGUGGGAUAUUCAUGCUGUACUUCUUUGGAGCGAGUCUCCGGGCCAGGAGCAAGUUCGCCGCGGGCUGA